AAAAAUAAAUAAAGUUCAGGUUCCUGACCCAGUAUCUAGGGACUUUUGCAUUUUAUCCCAUCUACUUUUCUAGUUUGUUUCCUCCACAUGAUCUGAACUCAGUAACUAUUUAAUUAUUGAAUAGUUGCUGUAGAUAAUAAACAAAAAGCACAGUUAUUCUCACCUGUUUCCGGGUAAGGAAAGACUGAUCUAUUUGGAAACUGAGUAAAUAAUCAGAAGGAAAUUACUUAUGUAUAUUCAGUGGCAUCAGUUGACUACUUAGUGAGACUGACAACAUUAUUAUGUAGCCCUCAACAUUGUUUGGAUGAUUUCUCAAUCUGGAUGGCCUAUGUUAUUUUGCAGUAACAACCCCCAAAUCUCAGUGGCUUCAAAUAACAAAGGCUUAUUUCUCCUUGAUUCAUCUUACAUGUAUUUAAGAGAUUAUGGCAUCUGAAGCCCACAAUGUUAAAAAACGAGGCUUUUGUAAUAAUAUUGAGGAUCAUUCCACUGAUCUUCCUAGAAAAAGGAUCUCUAAUUUUACUAAUAAGAACAUGAAGGAGGUUAAGAAAUCUCCAAAACAGUUGGCUGCUUACAUAAAUAGAACAGUUGGACAAGCUGUGAAAAGCCCAGAUAAACUACGUAAGGUGAUCUAUCGCAGAAAGAAAGUGCAUCAUCCUUUUCCAAAUCCUUGUUACAGAAAAAAACAGUCCCCUAGAAGUGGGGGCUGUGACAUGGCAAAUAAAGAAAAUGAACUGGCUUGUGCAGGUCACCUGCCUGAAAAAUUACGCCAUGAUAGUCGAACAUAUUUGAUUAACUCCAGUGAUUCUGGUUCUUCACAGACAGAAAGCCCAUCAUCAAAAUAUAGUGGGUUUUUUUCUGAGGUUUCUCAGGACCAUGAAACAAUGGCACAGGUUUUGUUCAGCAGGAAUUUGAGAUUGAAUGUAGCUUUAACAUUCUGGAGAAAGAGAAGUAUAAGUGAACUUGUAGCUUAUUUGGUGAGGAUAGAAGACCUUGGAGUUGUUGUGGAUUGCCUUCCUGUGCUCACCAAUAGUUUACAGGAAGAAAAACAAUACAUCUCACUUGGCUGCUGUGUAGAUUUGUUGCCUCUAGUAAAGUCCCUACUUAAAAGCAAGUUUGAAGAAUAUAUAAUAGUUGGUUUAAACUGGCUUCAAGCAGUCAUAAAAAGGUGGUGGUCUGAACUGUCAUCCAAAACAGAAAUUAUAAAUGAUGGAAAUAUUCAGAUUUUAAAACAACAAUUAAGUGGAUUAUGGGAACAAGAAAACCAUCUUACUUUGGUUCCGGGAUAUACUGGUAAUAUAGCCAAGGAUGUAGAUGCUUAUUUAUUACAGUUGCAUUGAGAGACUUCAUCUACUAAAGAGCAUUUGAUUACUCAAAACGUCCCCAGAUUUCCAAAAAAAAAAAAAAAAGAAAGAAAGAAAGUCUCACCUGAGAACUGUGAACUGUGGAAGAGAUCAAAACGUUUUUUGUUUUUUGUUUUUUUU